AAAAGCCGUAGCAAAGAUAUCGGGGUUACAACUGUGUCCGUGCUAUAGUCUUAUCUUCCUUAACAAACAAAAAGUGCCAUCAGCUUAUCGCUGCUAUUCGUUCUGUUGUGUGGCUGCUCGCCAGGAAAGUUCGCAGUGUCAAGAAGCUCAGCGUAGAGAACAGCCUAGUUGUAAGUCUUUAGUCGAUCUUGACAAAUGGAGAAGUUCCGAGGCCGUGUAGCUGUGGUGACGGGAGCAAGUUCGGGUAUUGGAGCUCAACUUGCCGAAGAUCUGGUGCGCGCUGGACUGGUUGUGGUUGGAGUUGCGAGAAGAAGAGAGCGCCUUGAGGCCCUUGCGUCGUCAUUAUCAGGUCUAGACGGGCGCCUGGAGGUCUUACAGGCAGAUUUGUCGAGCGUGGACGAGGUCAAGCGAGUUUUCAAGUGGAUUGAUGAAAGCUUGGGAGGAGUGACAGUCCUCGUAAAUAAUGCUGCUAUAUGUCCAAUUACGCCAACGCAAGAUCAGGAACUUGGAGUCAUCGAGUCUGCCGUUGCUACUAAUCUUACGGCUAUGAUGGUUGGCAGCAAUUUAGCUGUGAACAACAUGAAACGGUUCAAUAUCAAGGAUGGCCAUAUUAUAAAUAUAAACAGUGUUGCUGGACAUAAAAUAAUGUACAGCCCUGGACAGGACGCUUCGGUAACAACUUACACGACAACAAAACAUGGGGCUGUGGCGUUUUCCAACGCUUUACGCUUUGACGUGCAAAGAAUUCAUGGCUUCAAGAUUCGUGUAACGAGUUUGAGUCCUGGGACAGUGCGCACGGAAAUGACAUCGAAAUGGGUGGAGCAGCUUCCCAAGGACAGGGUUCUGGAUCCAAAGGACGUGUCGAAUGCUGCUCUUUAUGUUCUCUCGUGUCCUACUACAGUUGAGAUAUCAGAGCUUACAAUACAGCCGCAAGGUGAAAGCUUUUAACCUUUACGAUAACAACGACCGCUCGCAGCAAGAAACCUCCUCUCACAGAUAUGUGCAGACUGAAUUAAUUGUUGGGAUAGUGUUAAUUUUUGUAACUCGUUCCCUGUAUAUCUAUCCCCGACCAGAAUUUUAUUUAAUUAUAAAUAUAUUACAAUAACCAAAAUAAUUUAAAUUUUCAAAAAUA